UCACCGGGGAGGCUGCUGUCAGAGCUAGCCGUGCUAGCUGCUGUGUACCGGUUAGCCUGCACCGGGGGAGGACCAACCACACAAACCAUGGCGGGAGUUCACCCGCAGGACGACCUGCUGAAGAUGACACACAGAGAAAACUGGAAGGUGCAGCACGAGCGUCUGCACGUGAAGCACCGGGGUCACGAGGCCAUGCAUGCAGAGAUGGUGAUGAUCCUCAUCGCCACGCUGGUGGUGGCUCAGAUAGUCCUGGUGCAGUGGAAGCAGCGGCACCACCGCUCCUACAACCUGGUGACCCUCAUCCAGAUGUGGGUGGUGCCUCUCUACUUCACCAUCAAGCUCUACUGGUGGAGGUUCCUGUCCAUGUGGGGCAUGUUCUCCGUCGUCACCAGCUACGUCAUCUUCAGAGCCACUCGCAAGCCGCUGUCCUGCAGGACGCCGAGGAUGGUGUACAAGUGGUUCCUGCUGAUCUACAAGCUGAGCUACGCGGUCGGCGUCCUCGGCUACAUGGCCAUCAUGUUCACCAUGUUCGGCUUCAACGUCUUCUUCAGGAUCAAGGCGGAGGACUCGAUGGACGUCGGGGUGAUCAUGCUGUUUUACGGGCUUUACUACGGCGUCAUGGGCAGAGACUUUGCUGAAAUCUGCUCCGACUACAUGGCUUCUACAAUCGGGUACUACAACAAAGGCGGCAUGCCCAGCAGGAGUCUGACCGACGACAUCUGUGCCGUGUGCGGUCAGAGGAUCCUGGUGGACGUGGAGGAGGAAGGAAUUAUAGAAGACACCUACCAGCUGUCCUGUGGACACAUCUUCCACGAGUUCUGCAUCCGCGGCUGGUGCAUCGUGGGUAAGAAGCAGACGUGUCCGUACUGCAACGAGAAGGUGGACAUGAAGAAGUUGAUGAACAACCCCUGGGAGAAGACACACGUCCUGUACGGGCAGCUGCUCGACUGGCUCCGGUACCUGGUUGCCUGGCAACCCAUCAUCAUCGGUAUCGUCCACGGGAUCAACUUCACCCUGGGCCUCGAGUAGAGCCCUGAGGAACACCGGUCUGCACCACGGGAUGACGAGGGGGACCGGUCCCGGCGGUCUGGGUCUCCGUGUGCUAGAAGGACACCGUGAUGCCAAAAAAACACUGCUGCCAACUUGAACAAAAAUAUGGAAAGCACAGAUCCAGUAUUUGAUUACUUCAGUACGUUUGACGUGUGUCGAGGAAAUGUUGCCGUCACGCACGUUGUUUUUUGUUUUUAUAAGUCAUGGCUUUACUUUGUACUGUAUCAUAAAAGAAUGCCUUUUUAAACGGUUUCAUCCAGACGGCUGACUCCGCUAACACGACGGUUCUUUGAAAAGACUCGAUGACAGAAAGGACGAUUCUGUCCAAAUUGUUACGUAACAUAACCUGUUUACAUUUCGUGCAACUUUGUUUGUUACAAAAGUUUUAUUUGGGAUUGUCUGUUCUGUUAUGUUUGAAGCUAAAGUUGAUGCUAAAUGCUCGAUUGUUGUAGCAGUUGUGAGUCAGAAUGUCACAAUUACGUUUCUAAAAGCGACUUGUUAUCACUGCUGCUGUAUGGACGAGACUCAAACUUCCAAUCGGGAAUAUAUAUAAUAUAUAUUAUAUAUAUAUAUAUUCCAACAACAAACAUUCAGUAACAGGAGUUUGGAUUCAUUCAAAUCCAUGAAUUUUCUGAAUCUUUUUUUGCCAAAUCAAAAAUGACAUCGCCUUUUGUUAUCAAGACUGCUGCUGAUAUUAACUUUGUAUUUAUUAAAUAUAUAUAAAAAACUUCAUCAGUGUGUCAGGAAUAGUCUUUGAGAUACAUUACGAGGUG